AUGCUAGGCUUUUUUCGGCGUGAUCUUCAUUGGAAUAAGGCUGUGCCGAGCAUAAAUAUCGAUUGGUCUUUGUAUGGAGGAGAAGAGAGAAUGAAAGCAGGCUCUGAUCGAGCUGCCACUGGUCGGCCUUGGAUGCCUCAUGUAAGCGACAAGCCUCUGGCAUCGGAUGACUUUCUAUGGUCUUUAAAUGAAGAGCCCCAUCGCACACGCAGACUAGCCAUCAUGAAAGCGCAUCCAGAAGUGCGUAAGCUGAUGGGCCACGAACCUUUAACGAAAUAUGUGGCCGCAGGUGUCGUGUUUCUCCAGCUUAUGGUAGCACUGACUCUAACCUUUCUGGGCGUACAUCCACUCGACUGGCGCUUUAUACUAACUGCCUAUCUCCUUGGUGGUAUUGCGAAUCAGAACCUUUUCCUAGCCAUUCAUGAAAUUACACACAAUCUCGCAUUCAAGAGCAUUGCAGCAAAUCGCCUUCUUGCGAUACUCGUGAAUCUGCCCGUUGGCGUUCCUUUCGCCAUGACAUUCAAACCAUACCAUAUUGAGCAUCAUAAGCAUUUGGGCGAGGAUGGUAUUGACACUGAUAUGCCGACCCGACUUGAGUUGAUGGUCUUGAAUAACGUUCUUGGCAAGGCCUUUUUCGCCACUUUUCAGCUUUUUUUCUACGCAAUCCGACCUGGUUUCGUCCGCGUUCAAAAACUUACAGCAUGGCACAUGUUGAAUAUUUGCAUUCAGCUGCUGUUUGACUUUAUGAUAUGUUAUCUUUGUGGGUCGCCGGUCCCUCUGUACUAUUUCCUCAUGAGUUCUUUCUUUGCCGGCUCUCUCCACCCCAUCGCCGGGCACUUCAUUGCUGAGCACUACAUGUUCAGCAACAUUGAGCAAGAAACGUGGAGCUACUACGGCCCUUUAAAUAUUUUUACUUACAAUGUUGGAUACCACAAUGAGCAUCAUGACUUUCCCUCUGUUCCUUGGACGCGCCUUCCAGCUUUGCGUAAACUUGCACCUGAAUUCUAUGAUGUGCUUCCAUCACAUUCUUCUUGGACUAUGGUUAUUCUGGCCUUUAUCUUCAGCAACCACUCUGGUAUGAACAUGCGCGUGAAGCGUCAGCCUAGAUUCAAGAAGCUGCAAGAACCUUCAAUAGAAGAUGCUCCAAACUACACUGGCUGGGAAGUUCGCACCUGA